UCCUUCGGGGCAGUUUGUAGUGGACCACGGCACAGCGAUGAGCGGCUCCAUUGCCAUGAUCUCCAGGGUUGGAGGCUCGGCCCGCGCGACUGCUGCGGCAACGAGGGCGUGCGGGGCAGUGGCAGGCAGCAGCAGCAGCAGCAGUUUCAGCUGCGCAAUCAGUGCCCCUCGCGCGUCGCUCUCUUACUCAGCGUUCGCAACGACAAACAACGCGUUGCCUGCGAAGCGGCAGGGAGGGGGGGAAGUGGAGCGGGAAGCGGGGGCGGCUAGCAAGGGCGGCGUGCUGCGGGUCCAGGAGAACAGCAUAGAUAUCGCCCCCGUGGGAGCGCUGACCUCGAAGCCCUACGCCUUCCAGGCGAGGCCCUGGGAGCUCCGACAUGCCGAGAGCAUCGAUGUCUCGGACGGGGUGGGAAGCAACAUCCGCGUGGACUACAAGGAGACGGAGGUGAUGCGCGUGCUGCCCCGUGAGAACGAAGAAAUCAACUCGGAGUGGAUCCACGACAAGGCGCGCUUCUCCUACGACGGUCUCAAGCGGCAGCGCUUGGACAGGCCCUACGCCACCCUCAUGGGCGACGACGGCAGCGCGUCCCUGGCCCCUGUGACGUGGAAGCAGGGGCUCGAGGCCGUGGCAGGCCUUGUCGACAGGCCCACGGCCUUCGUGGUCGGGCGCGGAGUGGACCUCGAGACAGCCGUGGCGGUGAAGGACCUGGCCCUGAGGAUGGGCAACGCCGCCGUGUACAAGGAGGGUGGCAUCGAGGCCGAGGACCACCCCAACCACCUCAAGCUCGCGGACGUCGACGACGCGGAUCUCAUCCUGCAUGUCGGCCUCAACGCCCGCCUGGAGGCCACCAUGCUCAACGUCCGCAUCCGCCAGCGCUGGCUGCGCGGUGGGCUUACCGUGGGCACCAUCGGGGCCCCCGUCCGCCUGACGUACGACGCUGAGAACCUCGGCUUGACGCCUGCGUCCCUCGUCGAGCUAGCGGAGGGCAAGCACCCCUUCUGCAAGGCGCUCGCCGCGGCCGAGAAGCCUCUCAUCCUCUACGGUUCGGCGGUGCUGGAACGGGACGACUCGGCGUCUAUCAUGAAGCUUCUCAAGAGCCUCAACGCUCAGACCAAGGCCGGUGAAUCGCAGGACUGCGUGCACCUCGUCAGCUCGCACGCGAACGACGUGGGGCUGACGGCCCUCCACCUGGACCCUCUCCCGCGGGGGCCCGCACGCGCGGACGUGGCGGAGACGUUCUACCUGGUGGACCUGGCCGACUCCGCCUUGGCGGCGGAGCUCAAGGAGGCGGGGAAGGCGGUCGUCUACCAGGGCACGCACGGAGACGAGAACCUGGGUGAGGUGGACGCGCUGCUGCCCGGCGCGACCUUCGUGGAGAAGGAGGGGACCUACGUGAACACCGAAGGGAGACCACAGAGGUCCGCGUUUGUGUUCCCGCCUCCAGGAAUUGCCCGUGAGGACUGGAAGAUCGUGCGCGCGCUGGGGGAGUUCGUCGGGGUAACGCUCCCAUACAGCGACGACGAGGAGAUGGAGGAGCGCGUGCAGACCCUCGUACCGCUCACCCUCAACAUGGACGAGCUGUCUCACUCUCAGGUCGGCCCAAUUCCAGGCCCACCCAAGGGGGAGAUUCGGGUCCACGAGACUACCCUGGGCCCCCUCGUGCACGACUUCUACCGCACGGACGCUGUCUCCAGGGCAUCUGUGACGAUGGCGAAGACCUCCGCGCUGCACCGCGAGACCGCCAGCACAUGGGAGUUCUAGUGUCAUGAUUUAUUUGGCUUAUGUUUGAAUAAUGUGGUUUAACUUGAUUUCGAACGAGUCUGAAGCGCCUAAGCCGGUGUUAGUUGUGUGGGAUGGUUUGGUGUUAUGCGGGGUCGGUGCCGGCCAAGUAGUAACGGUACAGCACCGCCGGAUGGUGGCGCAGCCGGGCUGGUUAAGCAUGGAAGGGUAGGGGUGGAUGGCGACCACGGAGGGCGCGAGGUUCCCUCUGUAGGGGUGGCACGACUAUGCGACCAGAAUGUUGGCGCCUACCAUCUACAAUUCCUCUUUUGUGUGUGGAUUAUCGCGCCUCUGGUGCAGAUUGUAGUGGACCUCGAGUAACCAUGAGGCAUCCAAACGGUGCGGUUGGCUUUCCGUAUUCAUACCAAGCUUGACAUCUGAGGAGUUGGAUCCUCUUUCACCG